UUUUGGAUAUGGCCCGACACGUUCCCCUUUACCGAGCUCUGCUGGAACUGCUCCGUGCUAUUGCAUCCUGCACAUCCAUGGUACCCUUACUGCUUCCACUCUCAGGAGAAAGUAGCGAAGAGGAGGAAGAACAGUUGGAGUCCCAAGCUUCUGUUGGGACUUUGUUGGCUAAAAUGAAGACCUGUGUAGAUACCUAUACCAACCGACUGAGGUCUAAAAAAGACAAAGCUAAAGCAGGUGUAAAACCAGAUACUUCUGAUCAGGAGCCCGAGGGACUGACUCUUUUGGUACCAGACAUCCAAAAGACUGCUGAGAUAGUUUAUGCUGCUACCACCAGUUUGCGCCAAGCAAACCAAGAAAAGAAGAUGGCUGAGUACUCCAAAAAGGCUGCUGUGAAGCCCAAGCCUUUGUCCGUUUUACGGUCUCUGGAAGAAAAAUACGUGGCUGUCAUGAAAAAACUCCAGUUUGAUACAUUUGAAAUGGUGUCUGAAGAUGACGAUGGAAAAUUGGUUUUUAAAGUAAAUUACCACUACAUGUCUCAGGUGAAAAACGCGAGUGACGCCAACAGUGCUGCCAGAGCGCGACGUCUUGCUCAAGAAGCUGUGACUCUUUCAACCUCAUUGCCUCUCUCAUCCUCAUCCAGCGUCUUCGUGCGCUGCGAUGAGGAGCGGCUCGACAUAAUGAAGGUUCUCAUUACUGGUCCUGCAGACACCCCUUACGCAAAUGGUUGCUUUGAAUUUGAUGUGUAUUUCCCCCAAGACUAUCCUAAUUCCCCUCCACUUGUGAAUCUGGAAACAACUGGAGGCCACAGCGUGAGAUUUAAUCCAAACCUCUACAAUGAUGGCAAG